AUGCAUAGACCUACUGCGUAUACCAUUGCAAAACUUCCACGUGAAGAAGGCAAACCCUUGUGGAAAUUGGUCUUGGAGCAAUUCGACGAUCUGCUUGUAAAGAUUUUGUUGGUUGCUGCCGUGAUAUCUUUUGUUCUGGCCUUGUUCGAGGAUUCGGUGGACUCCACUACUGCUUUUGUCGAACCUUUAGUGAUUCUUCUAAUAUUGAUUUUAAAUGCUAUUGUUGGUGUUUGGCAAGAGCGUGAUGCUGAGUCCGCGAUUGAAGCUCUUAAGGAGUAUGAGUCUGAUGACGCUAAAGUUAUCCGUCAAAAUCAGAAAGGCAUUCAACGAAUUAAAGCCAAAUUUCUGGUGCCCGGGGACAUUGUUGAAGUGUCAGUUGGCGACAAGGUUCCUGCGGAUAUACGGAUAAUCAAAAUAAUUAGCACAACUCUUCGCGCUGAUCAAUCUGUUCUCACCGGUGAAUCUGUUUCUGUGCUUAAACACUCAGACAGGAUUCCUGACUCCAAGGCCGUUAACCAAGACAAAAAGAAUAUCCUCUUCAGUGGCACUAACAUUGCCUCUGGAAGAUGCUACGGCAUUGUUGUUGCCACUGGUCUUGAAACAGAGAUAGGCAAAAUUCGAAAUCAAAUAAUGCAAACUGAACAAGAAAAAACUCCGCUUACUCAAAAGUUGGAUGAAUUCGGUGAGCAGUUGUCAAAGGCAAGUGUGUUGUAUGUUUUCUCGAGAUUUCACGCAUUUGUCAUAUCGUGUCGUGUUAUUUAUUGGCUUACAGUCAUUACACUAAUUUGCAUUGCGGUAUGGAUAAUCAAUAUCGGUCACUUCAACGAUCCUGCCCAUGGUGGAUCGUGGCUUCGGGGUGCAGUUUACUAUUUUAAAAUUGCAGUAGCUUUGGCGGUUGCGGCUAUCCCCGAAGGUCUGCCUGCUGUUAUCACAACUUGUCUUGCUUUGGGUACUCGUCGAAUGGCUCGCAAGAAUGCUAUCGUCCGAUCCCUCCCAUCGGUUGAGACGCUUGGUUGCACUAGUGUGAUUUGCUCUGAUAAAACAGGAACACUUACAACGAACCAAAUGACUGUCUGUCGUUUGUUCACUUUCUUUGGGCCAGAUGUUAACCAAACACCUGCAGGCGACCUGACAUCGAACUUUUUAUUCGAUGAGUACGAAGUCACUGGCUCAAAGUACGCUCCUGAAGGCGAAGUCCUUAAACGGGGCGAAAAGGUCGUUUGUGCCCAGAACAAAUGUUUAGUGGAACUGGCUAAUAUUUGCGCCUUAUGUAAUGAUUCAGCUCUAGAAUAUAAUGCGAUGAAAAAUGCCUACGAGAAGGUUGGCGAAGCCACUGAAACGGCACUCACCUGCCUCGUUGAGAAGAUGAACGUCACGACUGUGGAUAAGUCCGUGCUGAACAAACAGGAACUAGCUAUGGCUUGCAAUUACUCGAUUACAAAUUCUUUCACAAAGCACUUCACAAUGGAAUUUUCUCGUGAUCGAAAAUCCAUGUCUGUCUACGUAACUCCGCGUGGUGAUGUCAGCAACUCUGGGAAGUUGUUUGUAAAGGGUGCCCCUGAAUCCAUCCUUGAUCGUUGCACCCACAUGCGUAUCCCCGAUGGCACUCUCCUCCUGAAUUCACACAUGAAGAACGAGAUUCUCCGUAAGGUGGCAACCUACGCCACAGGUCGCGAGACAAUGCGCUGUCUAGCUCUUGCCACCGUUGACAACCCAGCUGCUGUAUCCACUUUCAAACUAAAUGAUUCAUCCAACUUCAAGGACUAUGAGACAAACAUGACCCUGGUCGGUAUUGUCGGCAUGCUGGAUCCUCCACGUCCCGAGGUAGCAGAGAGUAUUCGACUUUGCAAACGUGCAGGUAUUCGGGUGAUUGUCAUUACUGGAGACAACAAGGCCACAGCAGAAUCAAUCUGCCGUAGAAUCGGUCUGUUCGAAGAACACGAAGAAACCGAGGGUAAAUCAUUCACGGGUCGCGAGUUCGACGACCUCUCCCCUGAGGAGAUGUCCGCUGCUGUGCGCAAGGCAAAGCUUUUCGCACGUGUCGAACCAGCACACAAGAGCAAGAUUGUCGCAUUUCUUCAGGCCGAUAACGAAACUGGUGAUGGUGUAAAUGACGCACCAGCUCUCAGGAAAGCUGAAAUCGGCAUUGCCAUGGGCAGUGGUACAGCGGUUGCAAAAUCGGCCUCAGAAAUGAUUCUCGCCGAUGAUAAUUUCUCUACAAUUGUAGCUGCUGUGGAAGAGGGUCGAGCAAUUUACAAUAACAUGAAGCAGUUCAUCAGAUAUCUUAUAUCCUCCAAUAUUGGUGAAGUUGUGUGCAUAUUCCUAACGGCGGCUCUCGGCCUACCCGAGGCUCUUAUCCCGGUCCAACUGCUCUGGGUGAACCUUGUCACCGAUGGCCUUCCUGCCACGGCCCUGGGCUUCAAUCCCCCUGACGUCGAUAUCAUGGAGCGGCCUCCUCGAAAUUCGAAGGAACCUCUUAUUAGUGGAUGGCUCUUCUUCCGUUACCUCGUUGUUGGGGCUUACGUCGGGGCUGCCACUGUCGGUGCCUCUGCGUGGUGGUUUCUCCUAAACCCUGAAGGACCGCAGGUCUCGUACUACCAGUUAACACACCAUCUCAAGUGCACAAGCAACAAGGCUGAUUUCGCAAACGUUUCUUGCUCAGUUUUCUCGAGCGCAAAGCCCAUGACCUUGGCUCUUUCCGUUCUGGUUGUCAUCGAGAUGCUCAACGCUCUAAAUAGUCUUUCCGAAAAUCAAUCGCUACUUGUAAUGCCGCCAUGGAAGAACAUCUGGCUUCUCCUUGCAGUUACACUAAGCAUGGCCCAGCACUUCACAAUCCUCAAUGUACCUUUCCUAGCGAACGUAUUCCAGAUUUCACCUUUAAACCUAACUGAGUGGGCUGUGGUAUUAAAGCUAUCUUUCCCUGUACUCCUGCUUGACGAAACCAUGAAGAUGUUCUCUCGUUGCAUGCAAGACGGUCACUCAGUGGUAGUGGAGGGUUCUCUUGUGGCACUUGCUUGGGCCCUCUUCUUUGGAGGCAUCCUUUACUCGCCGUUGUAA